UGUAAUGCGGAAAAGCGGCUAACCUGGCCCGGCGGUGGCUCCGGCGCCUCAGGUUUUGCUGGGUACGCAAAAUCGUUAUUAGAAAACAAUGUCCCUUGACUUUGAUAGUGGAGCUCUACAAACUCAACAUGAAGAUGAAGACUAUGACCAAGAAGAUUAUGCAAGAGAACAAGAGUUGCAACAAUUGUUGACAGACCUUCCCCAUGAUAUGCUGGAGGACAGUGGAGACCAACUCUCCAGUUUCUCAGACUGCAGCAUUCAGGAGACUGAGGAGCAGUCACAUGAGCCUGGGAAGCUUGAUGGAAGGUGGAAUGAUCAUCCACUGAUCAGUGAUCCUCCAAAUCAAUUUCUUACAUCUGAUCUUGUCAAUGGCCAAUCACCAGAAUCUUACAAAGUGACUUAUAAACCAUACCAAAAUGGCAUUCAUCAAAAUAUUCCAGGAAUCCAAGAAGGAAGUAGAAGAAAUGAAGUGUUUGAAGAUCUGCAACAUGAAUUCUUGGUCAAUGAUGAAAAUUCUUCAGAAAAUAUGCAGAUUCUUCAACUUCAAGUUCUAAAUAAAGCAAGGGAAAGACAACUGGAAGAACUUAAUGAAAAGCUAGAAAAAAGUGCACAGCAGAUUAGGUAUUUGAAUCAUCAGCUUUCUAUGAUCAAAGAUGAAAAGGAUGGUUUGGCUCUUAGUCUUCAUGAGUCUCAGAAACUCUAUCAGAAUGGAAAGGAACGGGAAAUGCAUCUUGAAGGUCAAAUCAAGGCCCUUGAAACUCAAAUUCAGACUCUUACUACCAAUGAGGAGCAGAUACUGAAGCAAUCCAAAGUGGCAGAGGUGGCCAUGGAAAGCAUGCAGAAGCAGCUGUUAGAACUUCAGCGAUCAGAUGCCCUCCAGAGAGCCAGAGAACAACAUGAGGCCAUCAUUUCUGCACUCAAGCAGAAGUAUGAACAGCAAGUAUUGUCAUUAGAGCAGAAACUUGACACUACACAAUCUGCACUCCGAGAGCAGAAAGAGCUUUGCAAAAAUUUAGGAGAGCAUGUUAAACAACUUGAAAAAUUGCUGGAAGAAACCAAGUGUGAAAAAACUGAAAUAAUAAAUCGACUGACAAGAAGCUUAGAAGAAAGCCAAAAGCAAUGUGCAAAUUUAUUGCAAACAGGCUCAAUGCAGGAGACAAAUCAGUUACGGUUUCAAUUGCAACAAGCUCAAUCUGCACAGAUAAUAAGCAACAACAUGAACAAGGCUUUGCAGGAAGAAUUAAUGGAAUUGAAAGAAGAAAUAGCUUUAUAUGAAUCUGCUGCUAAGCUUGGAGUAUUUUUGAAUGAUGCAGGUGGAGAACGACAUAUGAGCCUGGGUGAUUCCUAUGUAGAACUGGGAAUUAAAAAAAUCACAGGGAAGAAGCCAAGAUUCUGCAGUGCAUUACAGAACAGAGACAUGGAUAAAGAACUCUCUAAAGAUGAAAUUAUUGUAGAAUUAAAAGCUGAGCUGGAACGUUUAUUGAGCAGUAAUAAAAUGAAGAGAAACCAGAUUACUCAACUACAAAAUAGUCUUAAAGAUUGCCAGGAGACACUAGAGGAAUACAAGCAGUUGAAAGCAGAAAAAGCAUCAAGAGAUUCAGAGCCUGCCACAAAUUUCAAGGAUGCUUCUGAUAAUCUAAAGGAAGAAAUUCUGAGGCUCAAAAAGGCUAAUGAAGCUUUGCUGCAGGAAGUUGAGGCACAUAUUUCAACUAUUGAGGAACUGAAGGAAAAUGAGGAAAAACUGAAAAGCUUAAAUCAAGACCUCUGUUGUCAGAUGAGAAAGAUGGUUGAGGAUUUUGAUCAUGAUAAGCAAGAAGCCAUUGACAGGUGUGAAAGAACUUACCAGCAACAUCAUGAGGACACCAAAGCACAUUUUGAGAAAGAGCUGAUGGAGAGAUUUGCUGUGGAAAAGCAGCAGCUUGUUCAAACUUCUGAAGAGACAAUUUUGCAGUUAAAGGAUAAUAUAGAGGAGCUGAACAAAGAGAUUACUGCAGUGAAGGAAUGUUACAUUGGAGUUUGUCGGGAGAAGGACACCUUGGAAACUGCUUUAAGACAGAAAUUUCAGCAAGAGCAGCAGCUGAAGGAAGAGAAGCUCAAGAAACAGCUACUAGAAGAAAAAGAAGUCUCUCUUAAACUUCUGAGGACUGAGCUUGAAGAGGAACACAUCAGGUCUAUGAUAGCAGCAAAGAAGCGGUGGCUGGAAGAAAAAAACCAGCAGGUUCAAGAAGAAGUUGCAUUAGCCAAAGUUCACUGGGAAAAGGAAGAAAAAGAGAAUAAAGAACAAGGCAUUGCCAAAUUAGAAAGAGAAUGGCAAAGUAGGCUGGAAGAAGUGAGAAGAACUGUAGUUGAAUGUAAUGACUGCAGCUGCCAAACUGACCAAGUUACAGUUGUGGAUGAAGUUUCAACUAAAGAGUUAGAAGGGACUGUUGAAGACCAGAGGCUGCAGACCCAGAAGGCUCUGAAAGAAAAUACAGCCUCUGAAGAGGUCUUAAAAGAAUUUGAAUUGGAACUGGAAAAUAAAUACUCUAAAAAUCUUGCCAGCCAGGUAGAUGCAGCUUUAACCCAAGCUCAUGCCAAGUGGCUGCAAGAGUACAAACUAAAUCUAAAGAUAGAACAAGAAAAAUGGGAAAAGGAACACCAAAAGACUACAGCAAAGCAGUUAGCCCUGGUUCUCUCAGCUGCUGAGGAGAAAUGGAAGAAAGAUUAUGAAGGUACAGAGAGAUCUGGACUAAGAGUUAAAGAACUUGAAGAAAAGGUAAUUUCUCUGAGGAGGGAACUGGAGCUAAAGAAAGAGGAAAUCCCUGCAGCUGUCAAAGCAGAACUAGCAAAAGCCCGUGUACAGUGGAACAAAGAAAAGCAAGAAGAAAUUCUGCAGAUACAAGAGCAAAAUGAGAGAGACUACCAAUCCUUCUUAGAUGAUCAUAGAAACAGAAUUAAGGAGGUCCUUGCAACAGCAAAGGAGGACCUUGCAAAGCAGAAGAAUGAUCUCUCCAUUCAGAAAGAUGCAGAAAUAAAGAUGUUACUAGACCAAAAGCAGCGAGAAUGGAAGGCUGAGGAAGCCAAGCGACUGCAGGAUGAAAUUAAUCGGUAUGAGGAGAAGACUCUGGUUGAGCUGGAGUAUUUGUUGAGUGAAAUUCAUGAAGAACUGGUCAAGUGCACACAGAGUAAACAUUAUUGGAAGGACAAGUGUUUUGACUCUCCUGUACAAUUAACCAGUCAAGGCAAAGACAAACUGAAGGCUUGUUUACAAAAGGCCUAUAGGACCACAGUCUGCACAAUUCUGGAAAAGAAAGAGCGAGAAUGGAAGGAGAAAUACGAAGAACUACUGAGUAAUGCAAAUAAAGAAUCAUACCCUUACCCACAACGUGGUGCAGAAAACACUGGGGAUGUGGCAAGACCCCCUGUGUGCAAUGCUGGACACCAAGCAGAAGCACAAAGGAGACUGAGAGGACAGACACCCUUGCAGGAAGCUGGAACAGACAAAGAAAAUGAGAUGGUUCCAGGAGCUCUAAUUGCAGAAAACUCUGAGACGAAGAUUAAGCUGAAAGACCAGGGAUCACCACCAAGGUCACUGUCAGGGGGAGGCAUCUCAAAACCUUGUGCAUCUUCUGACUCUGUGAAAGGUCUGGAAGAAAUGCGUGCUCACUACAUUAAAGCUUUGAGCAAGAUUAAGUGUGAUAUGCUUUGUUAUAUCCGUGAAAGUAAGGAACGAGCUGCUGAAAUGAUUAAAGUGGAGGUUUUAAGAGAGCGCCAAGAGACAGCACGGAAAAUGCGCAAAUACUACUUGACAUGCCUUCAACAACUGCUCACUGAUAAUGGCAAACAUGAAGGAGCUGAGAAGAAAAUAAUGGAUGCUGCCAGUAAACUUGCUACAAUGGCUAAAGGACUGGAAACGCCUCUCCGGCACAUUCCCCCACGCAAAUCUGCCCGCCCAGCUCUGCAUAUAAACUCUGAUACUGGAGGUGAGUGCUCCAAAAGAGAUUGUGUGCUUCGGACUAGGUCACACCAUAUGGACAGCAAAUCAUGUAGUGAAAGCUGUACUGAAAAAUCCUCUGAUAAAGUUGUCCAGAAGCGUGUUCCACGUGACUUGAUACAGCAGUUUGAUGCAACACAGACCAAAACUCGACAUGUACUUUGUGAAACAUUGGCUUCAGAUGUUCAGAACAGGAAUAAUUCUCAAAAUCUGGAUGGUGCAUCUAGAGGGGUUCUAUCAGAAUGUUAUCCAAAUGAAGAUGGAAGAAGAGAAAAAUAUGGCCCCAUUGCAAAUAUAGACAAAGGACCUUUGUGUGCUGCGAGUAAUAGCAAUGCUCCUCCCUCUGCUGGUCAGGGAGCACUACAAAAUAUGCAAGCACCCAGGGUUACAAAUGGCCACACCAGCUCUGGGCCAACUCAUCAUAUGCUUAACAGCAAGAAUGGAAGAACAGGCUUGAAAGAGGAUAAAUGUAUCCAAUCACGUGGAAAAUGGAAAACUAAGUCUAAGAGAACUCAGGAAUUUAAUUUUAAAGACACUCCAGAAAGAGAUGAAGGAAGCAGCAGUGAAUGGAGUUCUGGGAAUGGAAGCUUGCAUCUGGAUUAUGGUGAAAUGCCUCUCUUGUAUCCUCAACUAGAAGCCAAUAUUAAUGUUCAAGCACAGACUGUAAACUGUGAAGAGUUUCCUCAUGUCAGGUCAUUUUCCUCUGCAGAUGAAAAUGUUACUUCUUGGAGAGACAUUUCUAGUGGCAGUGGCAAGGUUCUCAGUACAAAAAGCAGCACAAAAGUUUACAGUAGAGGCCAGCAGAUAACAAACCCAGAGCAUACUUCAUUCCUCAACUCCGACAAAUCAAAUUCAGCUGUCUCACAGCUCAAUGAAACACCAGAUUCAAAUGUAGGAAAAUGCUGCAACAAAUGCUUGGAGAAAAAAUGGUGUGGGAUCCCCAGUCUCGGCAAGAUAGUUGUUUUUAAUUAGCCCACUCUUUAACUUGAACUCAUACCAGCAGUCCUUGUUUGAAGGAAAAAAUUAACUUGAUGUUUAAAUAAAAGUGUGAUGAUUGAGGAAAAUCUCUUCUACUGUGUCCAUUUCAUGAUCAAUGUUACGUGAACAAAUUCCAUCAAGUUACUUAAAAUAUUACUGCAGACUUUUGUUUACCUUUGUAAUAACAUUUUCAUAAAUGUUUAUAGUGCCCUAGAUACAAAUAUAUUAAAUAGAAUCUAUUUUUAUAUUUAAUUUAGUGUGCAGUGUUUAUCUAAAACCAAGCUACUGUAACUUGUGGUCAUUUUUAAAAUGGUUAUCAAAAUUCCUUUAGAGUGUAAUGAGAGAUGUUUUGGGGUUUGUUUGAAGUUUGUAUUUUAAUUGACUUUCCCAUUUUGAAGGACCUCCUGUAACCCUCUGUUUGUGUUCCCACAACAAAAGUAAAUAUGCUUGC